AUGUGCGCGGUAGCGACAGGGCCUAACUCCAUUCCAGUCUCCCCAGAUUGGGAGAAGAGGUUGCGUAUGGGGACCGAGCGGAAACGCACCGAGGGACCGGAUGUGGGGGAGACUCAGCAACCCCCGGCAGACCAGUCCCACGCCGAGACUACGUCGCCAAUCAAGGAAUGGUCUAGGCGUAGAAUGGACCGCAGCGGCGAGCAGAACGACGCAACUACUGAAGGGGACCGCUCACAGGACGCGGGCACUAAAGAACUACAAUGGUGGCGCGAGCAGAGGGUGCAGGAAGACGCCACGCCCCAGGGGACACUGUGUAGUGUGGGUAUGACCGCCGUGCUAAGAGUCGAAGUGGCCGGCAACCAGUGUGAAGCUCUACUGGAUACCGGCGCCUCAAGGAGCUUCAUUAGCCCAGGGGCGGCAGAACGCCUGCAGCUGAGAACACGGAAGCUGCCUGAGGAACACGUGUUCACCGUAGCUAACGGUGCGCAGUUGAGGAUAGAUCGAGUGGUGAAGGGGCUCACAAUGUGGUGUGGGACGGCCCGCCUAGCUGGUGACUUCUUAGUCGGGCCGGUGCCGUAUGACCUAGUGGUGGGGCUUGAUUGGCUGACUAAGCAUAGGGUAGCCUGGUAUUUCCAGUCUGAUAAGCUACGUACGUAUGUGGAUGGCCAGUGGUGCGAUCUACCAGUUGUUCGUGCCACCGAGGCCACACAACGGAACGGCAGUACUCAAGGGUCGCGUCAGCGAACCCCCGCAGAGCAGGCGUACGACAUACUGGCUAAGCAGGUGGCGGACAUGACUCGGGAGGAAGCUACGGCGCUUCUACGUCCUCCCACUAAGAAGUACAAGCCACCCUCCAGGGGCAAGCGGAAAGCUGUGAUCGCCGCCCUGUCCCAGCAGGUUUCGGAGAGUGCGGCCUUUGUACGCCACCCCCUUCAAGGGCUCUACGUUAUACUAGCGCUUCCCGCAAUGGAGACGGACGUGGCUCUGCGUCUAGUGGAGGAGAGGCAAGGGGCUUUAUGUUGUGCCUUGGUUGAUUGCUCCCCUUCCAAUCCCCACCGGCAGUGUCUUAAGGCUCUACCCGCUUCCGCGUAUCCCGACGACGAGGAAACAUCCCCUUGGCCAACGGCCAAACUAGAGUACUCGAAAUUCGAUACGUGGCUAACCUCCGAGGAGGCGCAGGAAACUCCCCGAGUGAUACUGGAGGUGUUGUGUGCCAACCGUGCGGUCUUUCCGGAUAAACUUCCUACAGGGCUGCCACCGAAACGCCCCCACGAUCACCGUAUCCUUCUCGUGCCAGGGAAACUCCCUACGAAAUCGGCGAUCUACCGCAUGACCCCCGAACAACUUCUAUUUCACAAUCAGGAGAUAGCUAAGCUGUCUGCUAAUGGGUGGAUUGGCCCCACUUACUCUCCGAUCUGCGCACCUACGAUUAUGGUGGAUAAGCGAAGCGAUGAGACGGGCGAGCGUAAGAUGCGCAUGGUUGUCAAUUACCGGGAGCUGAACGCCCUUACGAUUGCGCCUGACUUUCCCCUACCACCUAUUCAAACGAUUCUUGAGAUGCUGGGGGGGGCCCGAUACUUUUCCACCCUCGAUCUCGAGUCAGGAUUCCACCAGAUAAGGAUGGCCAAGGAGGACAGGUGGAAGACAGCUUUCCGUUCUGUUAUGGGGUUAUUCGAGUAUAAGGUCA